AUGAAAUUUUCGAGAGUACUUCUUGCCAGCUCAGUGAAGGCCUGUGCGGACACUUAUGAGUACUGUCCCGCCCAAAAAGCUCUUUGUGGAAGAGCUGAUUUUCCCGCUGUCGAAGCCUAUUGCAAGAAAACAUGUGGGACAUGCACCGAGAAGUUUGAAAUGCCCACUGUGUCACCCGAAGUCGUCCAAAGCGCACGAAUGAUCGGCCCGAGCUGCGAGGAUGAGUCUUGGUGCACACCAGCGACGUGUUUGAUGCCCGACUUCGUCGAGAGCUGCCCGAUUGCAUGUGGUCUUGCUAGAUGCAACGAUCAGGAACACCAGCAAGUUGAUAUGGUACUCGAGGACACGUGCGAAGAUAAAAAUGACAAUUGUGUUGUCAACGGAAAAUUCUGCGACCACCCAGAUAUCGGCGAACAAAUCAAGGACAUUUGUCCGAAGACUUGCGGUGUUUGCCAACCCGAAGACGACUCUGAACUUUUUGUUAACUGCGAUGACAAACUGGGAGAGGACAAAUGUCAAGAAGUGAGUGAGUAUUGCGAUUCACCGAUGGGCGCAGAUAUGAUGCAGAUAAAUUGUGCUAAGACCUGUGGAUUCUGUGGCAAUAAAAAACCAAACAUGAGCCCAUUUUUCCCAACACCGAAGACAACAACGACUACAACUACAACAACGACAACCACUACGACGACAAAGGCACCUACAUGCGAAGAUAACAAUGCCAAAUGUCCAAAUUACUUGAACUAUUGCAAUCAUAAAACACACGCCACAAAGAUCAGAAAUCUCUGUCCAAAGACAUGCGGAGUAUGCACUGGCGCCGCAAAAAAAGUUGAAGAAAAGGUGCAAGAAGCUAGCACCGCCACUUGUGCGGACAAGACCCCCGCCAAGUGCAAAGCGCUGAAAAGAUCAUGCCAAUGGCCAAAAUACAAAGCUCAGCUGAAGAGUCAAUGUGCGGAAACAUGUGGAUAUUGUUCUGCCCAAACAAGCUCUGAUGAUAGCGCUGUAUCUCAGCAAGAAAAAUUCGGACCCUGGGGAAAGCAAUCACCCUGCAAGAAAGGCCGCGCCUACCAUAAGAGAUCCUGCAAUAUCAAACCGUGCACUCAAAAAGAGCUCUACAAAAUUGUCCGAUGUUAA